GAGAGAGAGAGAGAGAGGAGGAAGCAUGAAAGAAGCAUGCAUGAGAAAGAAUGAACGAAUGGGAUUGGGGCAAAUCCCCAGGGCUCCCCAUCGCGAUUCGCAAAGCUAUAAUACAGAUAGCGUGCCUUGCCGCGCAUCGAUCUCAUUCUCAAAUCCUCUUUGCCUUUACCCGAUUCACAACAAAGGCGGUUCCAAUCUUACCCUCAAAUGCCCCAAUCCUCUUUCUGCAGUCAUUGCUCCUUCAACCAAAACAACCCCUCCCCCCAACAAAAAAACUCAUUGCCAUCAUUUGAGAGAGAAGCCCCUCCUCACCGGCCGCGCCUUCUCUCUCACCCUCACUCGCCUCUCUACAACACUAAUUCCCCCUCUUUAACCCUCCGUCUUUGCUCUUCUUCUUCCUCGUAACUCGCCUCUUUUACAGGUAUAGCAUGUCCUACCAUAACCUGUACGAAUUUGAUUAUAUGGCUGGAGCUGAUGAAAUGGAAGAUUUCAUUGAUGAGAUAGAAGAUGAAAACUACGGCGGAUGUGGCGAAGAUAUGGGUGUCGAUGAAUAUGAAAUGCUUACAAAGGUAACCGAUACAUCCGCUGCUCAAGCACGAAAGGGGAAGGACAUUCAAGGUAUUCAGUGGGAGAGGUUGAACAUAACGAGAGAAAGGUACAGAUUGACAAGGCUUGAACAGUACCGAAAUUAUGAGAAUAUUCCAUCGUCUGGGGAAGCUGUAGACAAGGAGUGCAAACAAAUGGAGAAGGGUGGAAAUUUCUAUGAAUUCUUUCAUAAUACAAGAUUGGUCAAACCUACUAUUCUUCAUUUUCAGCUGAGGAAUUUAGUUUGGGCUACCUCAAAACAUGAUGUUUAUCUUAUUUCAAACUACUCUGUCAUGCACUGGUCUUCUUUAACGGGCAAUUUGUCAGAGAUCAUCAAUUUCGCAGGACAUGUAGCACCUACUGAGAAACAUGCUGGAAGUUUGCUGGAAGGCUUUUCACAAACCCAGAUUAGCACUUUGGCUGUCAAGGGAAAUUUCCUUGUUGCCGGGGGGUUCCAAGGAGAGCUUACUUGCAAGCGUUUGGACAAGAAAGGAGUAAGCUUUUGUACGCGGACCACAUAUGAUGACAAUGCAAUCACGAAUGCAAUUGAAAUAUAUGACAGUUUGAGGGGUGGAACACAUUUUAUGGCGUCCAACAAUGAUUGUGGAGUACGAGAGUAUGACAUGGAAAAGUUUCAGCCAUUAAAUCAUUUCCAGUUCCCUUGGCCAGUGAAUCACACAUCAAUCAGCCCAGAUUGUAAGCUUAUGAGUGUUGUUGGGGACAGCCUAGAUGGAUUACUAGUGGAUCCACAAAAUGGCAAGACUGUUGCCACUGUGGUUGGUCAUCGAGAUUACUCAUUCGCAUCUGCAUGGCACCCUGAUGGACAUAUCUUUGCUACGGGCAACCAAGAUAAGACUUGCCGAGUAUGGGAUGUCAGACGCUUGUCAUCUCCGGUUGCUAUUCUCAAGGGUAACCUUGGGGCUGCUCGAUCCAUUCGCUUUUCUUCCGAUGGCCAAUUUAUGGUGGUUGCUGAACCUGCAGAUUUUGUGCAUGUGUAUAGUACAAAGGCUGAUUACAGAAAGCGUCAAGAGAUUGAUUUCUUUGGGGAAAUUUCUGGGGUUUCCCUCAGUCCUGAUGAUGAGUCUAUGUAUAUUGGAAUCUGGGACCGUACUUAUGCCAGCUUGCUUCAGUAUAAUAGGAGGCAUUCGUAUGGAUACCUUGAUUCCUACUUGUGAGCAAGGUGCAUCCGAAGAAUCAUAAACAUCAUUAAUGUUGAUUCAUAGAGCGCACUCAUAAAUGGUAUCCUUUCUUUCUUGAUGUGUGUCCCAUUGCUGAAGACAACAUCAUAAGAUAUUUUUGGUUUAUAGGAGAUCACAUUUGUAUAGUUCGCUAUAGAGAUCAGACGUCUGCUUCCUUCUGUUGAGGUGAACGCCACCAGGAGGAAUUGAGAACUGCUGUGUUGACAUUAAGCCUAGAGUCUGUCAUAAUAACUGCUUCCUUCUCCAUUACUUGAGUUUUAUAUCUGCAAUUAAAAAGAUUUGACUAUUUAUAUUUUUUAAAA